GCGGGGAGAAUUGCGGGCGCUCAGCGCUGUAUUUUGGCAUGGGGAGCAUGUUGGUUUUGACUUCGGGGCUGCGCGGGCAUUUUUGACCUUCAGAGGCUUUUCUGGAGACGCAGGUAAGCCGAAGCGAAAUGAAUUGGAGAGCGAUGCUGAUGUUGGAGAACGUGGUCCAGUUGCAUCGUUCUUGCAGGCAGCUGCAUUCUCUGGCUUAUGGGAAAGUACAUCGAACACAGUGGAAGCCUGUCCUGUCGUCUGCCUACCCAGUGUGCCCAGUUCAUCCGUGCCCCCUGCUCUGGCAGCCAGACACUAACUCACAAAUCAGGCUUUUAGCAACCAAGGAGGGGAAGAAACCAAGGAAGGAGAAGCUGAAAACAAUAAAACCAAAACCAGAGAAGCAAGAGGUUGAGAUAAAGUCCACAAUGACUGUAGAAGAACUUGCAAAAGCUAUGUGUAAAGACAUAGAUCAUAUAUAUGAAGCCCUGCUAAACACAGAUUUUGACUUACACUCGCUAGAGCCAGAUUCAGUCUUAGAGGAAGUGUGGAUCAAGGACAUUAUUAAAAAAUCAGGCAUGAAAUACAAAUGGGCCACGCUGAAAGAAGAAAAAGUAAAAGAAAACAAAGAUGCUGUAAAGAGGCCUCCUGCAGAUCCUGCUUCCCUGACCCCAAGGCCUCCAGUUGUUACCAUUCUGGGCCACGUUGACCAUGGAAAAACCACUCUGCUUGACAGCUUGCGAAAAACUCAAGUGGCCGCAAUGGAGGCAGGAGGCAUCACCCAACAUAUUGGUGCCUUUCUUGUGCGUUUGCCUUCUGGAGACAAGAUAACAUUUCUGGAUACUCCUGGCCAUGCUGCCUUUUCAGCUAUGAGGGCAAGAGGCGCCCACGUCACUGAUAUUGUUAUACUGGUGGUAGCUGCAGAGGACGGCGUGCUGAAGCAGACUGUGGAAUCUAUUCAACAUGCUAAGAAUGCCAAUGUUCCAAUUAUUGUUGCCAUCAACAAAUGUGACAAGCCUGAAGCUGAUCCUGACAGGGUGAAGAAAGAACUGCUGGCUCAUGAUGUGGUUUGUGAAGAGUUUGGAGGAGAUGUUCAGACAGUCAAUAUCUCUGCCCUAAAGGGUGACAACUUGAUGGCUUUAGCAGAGGCAACUGUCGCUCUUGCUGAGAUGCUGGAACUGAAGGCAGACUACAGCGGCCUAGUGGAAGGUACCGUAGUGGAGUCUCGCACAGAUAAAGGAAAAGGUCCUGUGACCACUGCCAUCAUCCAGAGGGGCACUCUGAGAAAGGGUUGUGUUCUGGUUGCAGGAAAAUGCUGGGCCAAAGUGCGCCUGAUGUUUGAUGAGAAUGGCAAGAACAUGGAAAGCGUUUCUCCAAGCAUGCCAGUGGAGAUUGCAGGAUGGAAGCAGAUCCCUUCAGCAGGAGAGGAAAUCCUUGAAGUAGAGUCUGAGCAAAGGGCUCGUGAAGUUGUUGAGUGGAGAACCUAUGCUGAACAACAAGAUAAAGGGAAGAAGGAUCUAGAGGUCAUAGAAGCCAAACAAAAGGCUCACAGAGAGGCCUACAAAAAGGAGCAAGAGGGUCUGACCAACAUGACCUGGAGACAGAAAAAGGCGGCCUUGUACAAAGCCAAAAAGAAUCUCAUGAUUAUCCGGCCUAAAGAAAAAGUGGAGAGUGACAAAAACACGCUGUCCAUCAUUAUCAAAGGUGAUGUUGAUGGUUCCGUGGAAGCUAUUUUGAACAUCCUGGAUACCUACGAUGCUGAGGAGCAAUGUGAAUUAGAUGUGAUCCACUAUGGGAUUGGGGAUGUUAAUGAGAAUGAUCUUAGACUUGCAGAAACUUUUAACAGUAUUAUAUAUGGGUUCAAUGUGGGUGCAAGUAAAUCCAUUCAGCAGCUGGCUACUAAGAAGGAAAUAAAGGUGAAAAUGCACAAGAUCAUCUACCGCCUUGUUGAAGAUUUGCAGGAUGAGCUGAGCGACACUUUGCCCCCUGCUGUGGAGGAGCAUGUAUUAGGAGAAGCUUCUGUUAUAGCAACAUUUGAAGUCACAGAAGGCAAAAGCAAAGUUUCAGUAGCUGGCUGCAGAGUACAGAAGGGGCAGUUAGACAAGAAGAUGAAGUUUAAAUUAAUUCGUAAUGGAGAAGUUAUUUGGACAGGAUUCUUAGCAUCACUGAAACACCAUAAGGAUGAUGUCCCUGUAGUCAAAACUGGCAUGGAUUGUGGGCUGAGUAUGGAUAAGAAGACUGAAUUUCAAAUUAAUGAUGAGAUUGUUUGUUUCACUGAAAAGGAAAUUCAGCAGAAGACUUCUUGGGACCCAGGAUUUUAACAUGAUGGACCAGAAAUUUGGAUUAUGGCUUAUCUGUGGAGUGUCCUAAGAAGAGCCUUUUGGGAAGCAGCUUCUACUGUAAAUAGGAACCAGGCUUUAUUUUUUAUUAGUGUUGUAACUAAUGCACCACUUAAGUUUAAAAAAUGAUGUCAAAGAUGGAAUGGGCAAUCAUGGUAUGGUGUAGUAAAAUAAUAUUGAGACAUUCUGAAA